AUGGCUGACGGCCGCCGCCGUCGCGUCCUGGUGAACAGCACCAGCAGCGACGAUGAUGGCGACCAUGUGCCAGUCCGCUCUCGCCGCAGCCUCCUUCUUGGACCAUGGCAGAACGAAAACCCAGCAUCGUUCGUCCGCAUGCGUGGCACCACCCGCCGCCGCAACCUGCUCGGCCAAGCACAGGCGGCCGCCACAAGCAGCGCCUCCAACCUGGCCGCCACCGCUCACAAUGGCUCACCGCAGAACCAGCAACGCUGCCAGCCCUUCCAGGCCAUGGACAUGGACACAUCCGUCGCAGAACGCGCCGUGCCAGACUACAUCGGCUACCUCAUCCCCCGCGGCUUCGAACCCGUCCUGCCACCAAAGUUUGCUCGCCUCAUUGAGGAGCGUCUCAAACAAGAUGAUGAUGAUUCAAGUGAUGACGACUCCAGCGACAACGAGAACGACAACGACGACGACGAUGAAGCCGCUGCGAAUGGCGCCGCUGACGGCAAUGUCCAAAACGACGGGGAAGACAAUGUCGAUGAUGACAACACCCAAGGCAGUGAUGACGAUGACGAUGGCGACCUCCCAUGCGUCACUUCACGCCGAGCCAUCAUGGUCAACGACAUCCUUCUCCAACAGCAGCAACAGCAGUCACGCCUGCAACGCCGUACGCAUGGCUCGUCCCCACCCCGUCGAUCACCUUCGCCCACCAUCCCGCCCAUCGUCCCUGGCCACAACCUCUCUCUGUGCGAUGGCUCCUUCCAGCACCUGAGCGACCUCCCCAACGACGUGGCACGCGGCAUGUUUGUGGAGAAGCUGCUGGAGCGCCACGCGGCCGUCCCCAUCUGGGUCAAGGACCCAAGCGCAGAGCAAGCCAGCGACACGUACAAGCACCACGUCAGCGCGCUGCAGUUUGCCAACCUCGAGACCAAGACCACCCCACCCGCCGUCAACACCUACACGGACACGGAGUGCCUGCGCGUCGUGGUCAUGUCCAAGUACCGCGCAGCCACCACGUCCACCCCGCAGCUGCUCAAGGACCUCUUCCACAUCGACUCCCUGCACGAAAAGGACAAGAGCACAGACUUCACCCUGACGCAGCACGCCUCGCUGUUGGAGGUUGGCGUUGGCUACAUCAAGCAGAAGCAGGGGACCAAGGAGCUUGGCGAACGGCCCACCACGCACCCGUGCAUUGUGCUGCACGUGAUUGGCGACUACGAGGAGCUGUGGCCGGGCUUCUUGCGCGACUUUGCCGACAUUGUCAUCCUGGAACACCCGGGCAGCCCAGGCGACGCCAAGUGUGAGCCCAUCUUCAACGCAGACCUGGACAAGCGGCGCUGCUAUGCCUGGCAUCCAAAGGUCGACGCGCGUGAUGCGCCCAAGAGCAAGAAGGACGACAACCACCACGUCGUGUGUGGCCAACUCCGCGAUCCCAAGACAAACGAGAAGAUGGUGAAGCGACUGGUGAAGGCAACAGCCAAACUUCAGGAGGAGCUUGAGCAACAAGACCUCGCCGAUGACUGCAUGAGCGCGUCAACCACCAGCACCAACAGCAGCAACACCAGCGAUGCCACAGUCUCUCCAUCGCCACCAGGCAGCGACAUGCGGCCGAACCUGUACGACCUCUGCUGCAAGCACGUCCACCUCUUCCCCGACGUGGCGGAACUGGCGCCACUGCCCAAGAUUGAGCACGACUUCUCUGUCAAGCGAGGCCGCACGUUCGUGCUGCAAGAGAGCUUCAAGCGUCAGCGCUCAACCUUCGACCACAAGCACAGCAAGAACGUGCCCAUCGUCAAGAAGGGGAAGGGGAGCGUGUCGGACAUGGAUGAUCAGAUUCAAUGCGAGGUCCUUCACCGCGCCGAGCACAUUGAGCAACAGUGCGAACUGCCCCUCGUGCAGCAGGUGCUCGAGAUUGCACAGCUGCCGCGCUCCGAGGACCGCGUCGUGGGCUUCUACAUGCUGCAGCGCGCCCUGGCCUUGAAGAGCUCCCAGCAGCUCAAGCACCUGGAGGAGGAGGUCGACCGCCUCAAGACAGCCUCCAACAAGAACCCCGAGGACACGGAGCUGCGCAAGCAGUACCUGGACGCCAACGCCAGCAUCAAUGACUACAACGUCACCCUCGACCACGUGUGGCGCGAAAUCGGCCACAUCUACACCAGCGGCUGGUGCGAGCUUGGCCUGGCCAAGCUGGCCGCACAGCACAUCCUGGACGGCUACCCACUGGAGCUGUUUGAUGGCGAUGCGCUGGGCGCCAACGAGGUCUGGGUUGGUGCUGUGCUUGGUCAGCUCGAUGAGAUGCUCAAAGCGCAAUACCAGCAGCAGCAGCAGCAGCAGCAGCAGCCAGGUGGCUACACUCAUGAUGUGAAGCCGCGAGUGAUGGUGCACAGCAUGUUUGGUCCACAGAGCAGCGGCAAGUCCACCACCGCCAACCACAUGUACGGCACGCGGCUCAAGGCUAGCGUUGGGCGCUGCACCAUUGGCGUGAACAUGCAGCUCAUCCCCUGCAAGGGGCGAGACAAGUACGACUACGUGCUGCUGCUGGACACGGAGGGCGUGCGCGCCCCCGAGUUCACGCACAUGGAGGUGAGCAACCGCCGUGACGGCGUGUUUGCGCUCAUGGCCUUCUUGCUCGCCGACACGACGACGGUGGUGAUUCCGUCCGAAGAUGACCGCGUUGUGCGCGAGCUGCUGCCGGUUGUGCUGGAUGCAUACCGUGGCUCGAAGAUGGCCGAGGACAAGGGCGGCCAGCUCUCCACCAAGGUCGUGUUUGCCUACAACAAGAUGGACAGCUCCAACAAGAAGCGCUUCCGUGCGCAGACGGAGUCGCUGCUGACGUCCCUGCAAGAGGCGGAGGACACGGUGAUGAACGGCGACAACUACAUCUUCAGCGAGCUCAUCAAGAUGCAGCAGCAUGGCGACGAAGGCGACAAUGAUGAUGGUGAUGCUAGCGACCAACACAACAACAACAACAACAACAACCACGACAGCAACGAUGAGGAUGGUGCUGCCGAUGAUGACGACAAGAAGAAUGUUGUUGGUGAUGAUGAUGACGAUGGCGAUGGCGAUGGAGCGUUCGUCGCUGACAAUGACCACGUUGUCACUGGUGACGGCAGCGAGGCUGAUGAUGAUGAUGAUGAUGAUGAUGAUGAUGAUGAUGAUGAUGAUGAUGAUGGCGAUGACGACAUGAGCGACCAGCACAUGGUUGCCCUUCGGGCUGUUGGCCGGCGCCGUGUUCAGCCUCAGAUGGAUCCACACCACCAGCAGCUGAUGCGGCGGCACGUGCAGGCCCACCGCCGCCAGCCAACGCCACAGGAGGCCUCUGCUGCCUCUGCCAAGCUCUUCACGCGCGACCUCCGCUGCUCCCUGGAUGACCCCAUGGAGAGUGACGUGCACGUGAUUGGGCAGAUCAAGGCUGGCGACUUCCCGCCCGAAGACAAGCCGCAGGCCGAGUAUGCCAAGGCCCUGCUGCAGCUGCGCCGCUACAUCCACAAGCGCGUGACGGAGCAGGAAGAGUGGCGUGCCCGCACCAUUGGCGGUAUCCAGACCCUGGCCAACACGGUGUGGCAGUGCCUGGACUCGGCCCACUUUGCCGUCAGCUUUGCCACCAUUGUGGAGCGGCAGGCGUACACCCGCAUGACGGUUGGGCUGACGGCUCUGCAGCAGCGGCUUGCGCGCGUGUAUCGCUACGCGUACGACGUCGUGGCCGACAGUGUGCUGGAUGGCGAGAGCACCACCUCUGACGAGGGCGGCGAGAUGACGGAAGUGUACAUCGCCGCAAAGAUUGAGCACUGGGCUGGCGUGCUCAUGCACAAGACGCAGAACGAACGCAAAAUCAUGACGGAGAGGGUGAGGACCUUCCUUGAGGACUUCCAGCAGUGGGAGGCAACGCAGAUGGUGCGAUGGGACGACUUCAUUGCAGCACAGAACAGCCACUGGAAGGCGCUGCUUGCAUCCCUGAUUGCCAAACACCUCGGGUCGGAGCGCAAGGAGAAGGCCAUGCAGCAAGAGAUUCGGCAGUGGCUCAAGAUCAGGUUCCUGGAGCUGAGGGACGCCAGUGACGACGACGUUGACGUGCAUGCCGUGUUCACUCGUUGGUUCGACCAAGUCCUGGAGAAGAUUCUCACCGACCAUCCCUUAGAUGAGGACAAGGUUGACGACAACAUUCGCGACCACAACAUGUACGCGCAAAUCACCCAGGAGCACGUGCCCAUGAAGCCAGGAAAGCGUGUGAAGGUGGACAACAAGAAGCCCUUCUGGGCUGCGGUGCUGGCGCGCCUGCAGGGCCGUGACUCCACCAUUGACGCGCGCGCACUCAUCAGGGAGAUGUCCAAGACGGCUGUUGAUCGGGCAGUCGCAGGACACAAGUGCUACUCCGACGACAUUGUGUUCAACGCUCUGCGCGAUGCAGACAAACAGCACGCCGACGCUGGCAUUUCCUCCGUGAGCUUCCGGCAAGGACUUCUCCACGCUGUGUUCUGGCAGCUGCGGGCACAGCUCCUCCUGCUUCAGCACCAGUGGGACAUGCAGAACAGCCUGUACUGGCGCAUCGCAGGCUCUCGCGACAGCCUGCACAAGUACGCUGAGGCCAUCAUGAAGGGCUUGAAGGGCAUCAGCCUGCUCAAGUUCAACAUCACGGAGGCACUCCACGAGGCGUGGUUGCCCGACUUUCUCGAGUAUGUCACGGCCAAGUUCGCGCCAAAGGUGGUAGAGGAAGAGUUCAUCACCAACGCCUCUGUGGUGGCCGCACUGGUGGACCUGGAGCUCUUGGCCAUGCACGAGAAUGGCGAUGUGGACACCAUCCUUGAUCGCGUGCAGCACACGGACCAGCACUUUGAUGACAUGACACGGCGAAUGACGCUCAAGUACCUUGAGCAGCCACGCGAAGACGACGACGCUGCCUCGUCCCACCUGCGAACAGCCAUGGCAGCGUACCUGGCCAAGGUGAAGGACUGCAUCGCUUCGGUGGAGCUGCCAGACAAGACUGAGCAGCCGGAGGUUGAAGUGCUGCGGCUGCUCAGGCGCAAGGCAAAGGGCAACAAGCUGGCUACGCUCGCCCGCAAGUUUGAUGUUCUCUACGACGAAGCCAACCGCGCUGUUGUGCCCGACAACGACAACGACGAUGACGACGACAACGACGACGACAACGACGACGACGACGACGACAACGACGACGACGACGACGACGACGACGAUGAGACCAAGGCACGGAUUGAGGUUGACGACGUGUCUGAGAUGCUGACGGAGAUUGCAAAACUGCGCGUUGGCAACGGUGAGCUCAGCACCGAGGCGCUGCUGUCCAGCUGGAACGACACAAAGGACCAGUUUGCAAAGGACUUGCUUGAGCACCUGACUGACAGGCAGUAUGUCAGCGCGGCAAACGCCAAACCGCGCUGUGGUGAACGCUGCCCGUGGUGCGGCUACCCGUGCACACGCGAGCGCGGGCAUCUGAAUGUGUCCAACCCCGAGGAGCACGACCGUCACGACUGCUCGCAUCAGCCGUCCGGGUUCAAGGGUGUGCACAUGAUGGGCACGGGGCAGCUUGUCCCCCGCUCAUGCCUGACCAGUCUGCGUGAGGGUAGACGCUUGCGUGUUGGUGACAAGACCAUUUCCUUUGAGGACUUUGGCGUCCAGUUUCCAACAUGGAAGAAGCCAAACAUUGAUGCGCCGCACAAGGCACGCGAGUACCUGUACUUCUGCCACGUCGAGGCUGUUGCCCGCUUGCAUGAACUGUCGCGGGAGGAAUCGCGCCAGGCAUGCCCCGCCACCUACAACCACAACCCCGAAACGGUUAAGGGCACGCUGGAGCAGACGGCCAGGCCUUACACGCUGCCAAACUGA